GCCACACGGUCGUAGACUCGUAGCCCAUAGCACAGGUACACAGUCAUCGGCUUUUCGAAUCGCCGGUCGUUUGAAAAACUGUUGCGCUUACCGCUGCCAGCGGAAUAGUUCAAAAUGAGUGGAUCAGGUAAAAGUCUCCUUGGUCUGUGGCUUUACCGAACUGGAGAAGAUUGGACUCUUAGAGAGGCAUCUCAAACAGCUUCGAGAUCUGCAGUGAGCGGUCGAUCAGAUCAGACAAGAUUUGAUUCAAGGAACUCUGUUAUAUUCUCAUUGAAAAAUCAGGUUGGCGGACUCGCUCGAGCGCUUCAAGUUUUUCAAGAUUUAGGUGUAAAUGUUUUGCAUAUUGAAUCUAGACCAUCCCGCCGUAGAAAAUCAGAAUUCGAAAUUCUGGUAGACGUCGAAUGCGACAAUAAAAAAAUGGAGCAGUUGACUGGAAUGUUGAAGCGUGAGGUUGCAGCUAUAAAUUUAGCGACAUAUGAAAGUGGUGCCGAAGUACCUCCUCCUACUCCGAUGUCAGCGACGGCUAGUUUCGAUUUUUCGGAGUUUGAGCUUCCGUGGUUUCCGAAAAAGAUUUCUGAUUUAGAUAGAGCUCAACGAGUAUUAAUGUACGGAACAGAGUUAGAUGCAGACCAUCCAGGAUUUAAAGAUCCAGUGUAUCGGAAAAGGCGUGUAGAAUUUGCAAAUAUAGCGAACUCUUAUAAAUAUGGACAUCCAAUACCCAGAGUUCAGUACACACCGGAAGAAAUCAAGACUUGGGGUACCGUAAUGCGUGAACUUCACAAAUUGUACGUGAAGCACGCAUGCAGGGAAUAUCUGGAGAAUUGGCCUGAACUGGUAAAGUAUUGCGGUUACCGAGAGGACAAUAUUCCACAGUUACAAGACGUAAAUACAUUUUUGAAACGCAAAACUGGUUUUCAAUUACGACCGGUUGCCGGGUACUUGUCGCCAAGGGAUUUUCUUUCUGGACUGGCUUUUCGCGUAUUCCACUGCACGCAGUACAUCCGGCAUUCGUCAGAUCCAUUCUAUACACCGGAACCCGAUUGCUGCCACGAGCUGUUGGGUCACAUGCCACUAUUGGCGAAUCCUACGUUCGCACAAUUUUCGCAAGAACUAGGACUCAACUCUUUAGGUGCCAGUGACGAGGACGUUGAAAAGUUAGCAACGUUGUACUUCUUUACCGUGGAAUUUGGAAUGUGUAAACAAGACGGUGAACUGAAAGUCUAUGGAGCUGGAUUGCUAAGCUCGGUGGCGGAGUUACGACAUGCGAUUGAAACUAACGAUAAAAUAAAGCGAUUCGAUCCUGAAGUUACGUGUCACCAAGAAUGCAUCAUAACAUCGUACCAAAAUGCCUACUAUUAUAGUGAAACAUUUGAAGAAGCUAAGGAAAAAAUGAGAGAAUUUGCCGACAGCAUUCAAAAACCAUUUGGCGUGCGAUAUAACCCUUAUACACAAAGCGUGGAAAUUUUGAGCAAUACAGACAAGAUCGUAGCUUUAGUAUCGGAGCUUAGAGGUGACUUAUGUAUCGUAAGCAAUGCACUGAGGAAAAUACACGCCGAAGAUGAAGCAGUUGAGAAUAUCAAUAACAUGUUACACAAAGGAAUGAACGUGAGUGGAAUAUCGCCAGAAAAGUCUCCGGAGAAGUAAAAGCGUUUUGAAGGAAUUGGAGGAUCGUACAUUUAUGCUAUAAAAUAGUCAGUUAAUUAUUAAAAAACAUUAACCAUUAUAAUAUAGUCUAUUAUUAUUAUUAUUAUUAUAUUAUUAUGUUAACGUAAAAUGUAAUAGUGAGCGGUUAGAAACGUAAAAUUAGUUUUAUCGAUGUUUUAUUAUUAUUAUAUUAGUCGACUGUAGAUUUUUCUCCUAGAAAUUAAGUAUUUAUGAUGCGUUAACUUUGAUAUUGUUAUAGACACAUCGCGCUGUGUGUUAUAAAUGUUAUAACCAACCGAACAACCAUUAUAUUAUUAUUACGCUGCAAGUUUUCUCUGUAUAUUAUUAGCUAUAGACCGUUCGAUUCAAUCAAAACCUAUAGUUAUGUUCACAUUCCACGUAUUGGAUGAUAGAAUUAGUGGUGAACUAUAGUUCCAUAGAUAAGUUACUUAAAACAAACGUAUAACGUCGAAAUAAACAUAUUAGUGUUUGGAUAAAAAAAAAAUAUUUAUAUUAGUUAGUAGUUGUUUUCUUGUACGUUUAAAAUAUAUUUUUUCCUAUAUAUUUAAGUUCAUAAUUUUACGCAAUACGAAAAGUUAAAAAAUUUAUAUUAAAUUCGUUUAUAUAAUGUUAUCUAUAUGUCGUUCUAUAGUGUGUUAUUAGUUGUAAUAAGUACCCAUCGAUUAAUGCAAUUAGGUACGUUAUUAAUAACUUAGUUAGAUUUAAACACGUAUGGAAAUUAAUGAUUUAUAAUAUUCUAUUCAUAAUGUAUGUGAGUGUAGGCAUUAAUAAUUACUACAACAUAAUUAGUAAAUAUACUAAAUCAAUAUCGUAGGUUUGGA